UAUGCUGAACAGCUGACUGCGGUACAACUGUCACUGCGCAUGAGCGGAAGUAGGUGCAGGGCAGAGAGGGAUAGCGGAAGAGGGAGUCUGGAAAUCACAAACAUGAACAAGCUGAAAUCCUCUCAGAAGGAUAAAGUUCGCCAGUUCAUGAUCUUUACCCAGUCAAAUGAGAAAACAGCAUUGAAUUGUUUGUUGCAGAAUGAUUGGAAACUAGACGUUGCUACAGACAACUUUUUCCAAAAUCCAGACCUCUACAUACAGAAUCUAAAGGGAACACUAGACCGGAAGAAGUUAGAACAGCUUUACAAUCGGUACAGAGACCCUCAAGAUGAUAACAAGAUUGGUAUAGAUGGGAUCCAACAGUUCUGUGAUGAUUUGGGACUUGAUCCAGCCAGUGUAAGUGUUCUGCUAAUAGCUUGGAAGUUUCGGGCAGCAACACAAUGCGAGUUCUCCAAACAAGAAUUUAUGGAAGGAAUGGCUGAGCAAGGGUGUGACAGUAUAGAGAAACUCAAAGCACAGCUACCCAGGAUGGAGCAAGAGUUGAAGGACCAAGGGAAAUUUAAAGACUUCUAUCAGUUCACAUUCAACUUUGCUAAGAAUCCAGGACAAAAGGGCUUAGACCUAGAAAUGGCAAUUGCAUACUGGAAUUUAAUAUUGGCUGGGCGUUUUAAAUUUCUAGAUCUAUGGAACAAAUUUUUAUUGGAGCAUCAUAAGCGAUCCAUUCCCAAAGACACAUGGAACCUUUUGUUAGAUUUCAGUACGAUGAUCACAGAUGAUAUGUCAAACUAAGGAGCAUGGCCAGUACUUAUUGACGAUUUUGUGGAGUUUGCGCGACCGUACAUUGGCACCAAGAGCACAGCUGUAUAAGUACAUUCCUUCUGAGGGCCGUCUGGACCUCACUGAAAACAAACAGCUUCUGCUGAGCACAGAGGACUGAACUGAGAUCUGCAUUGCCUUUUCCAAGCCCUCAGGACUGAGACAUUUAUACGAACCAGAGACAUUAAAGGCAUCUUUUCUCUUCAGUCGUCUAAUGGUGGUUUGGGCUUUUAUCUUUUUGGGCCGGUUUUUGUUUUGACUUCAUACAGGAUCUUAUUCAGUCUCUGGGACUUCAAAACUUGUGGAACAAGCUGUCACAGAUACAGUUAAGAAAUGUCAAGAUCUUAAUUUUAGUACUCCAUGUGCAUUCUUGCUUUGAAUGUUUGUUUCUUUCCAAUUGGUUUUAUGAAAAUUAUAUGUCAGAGUUUUUUGAUUGUUCUCUCUUUUUUAUAAAACAGAGUAGCUGGUGUCUCGAGAGCCAGUAACAUUUGCUUUCUUUUUGUUUUAUUGUGACUUAAUGUACUUUUCUGUUGAUAUCCAGACAGUGAUUUCACUUUG